CUCAAAAGCUCCCACGUGGCGUAUGUCAUCGUCCUUGGUCCGCUGAUGGGCGCAACAAAAUCCAAUAGCGCCGUAUCCGGGAAAUGGUAUUCUAGCAGGCAAGUAAAGCCCAGCGGAUCGACUUGGGCGCUGGCCUCACCCUCGUCUCUACGACGAUUUUGCCGGUACUCCUUGUCCUAAUACUGGUCCAAAAAGAAACCCUAAGCCGAGCUAGACCAGCGAGGCUUAUUCGAGAUUGUGAAAUGUCUGCACCCUGUGGGACGACAAUUCUAUACCCGACAACCGGUGGCAAUAUCCACUGUUUCAAAGCGAUAACUCAUUGUGCUCUCUUUGACAUACUAUCUCCGCCAUAUUCAUCGGAAGAUGGACGACAUUGCUCUUAUUUCCAGAAGUCUUCAAGAAGGGACCUGUCAGGUUCAUUGCCAAGUGGAAUGAGGGCCUCUGAAGUGGCUUGGUUGGAAGGGUAUCAGCUUCCUGACAGCUUUGUUAUCAGAAGAGGGCUGUAUAAGGGCCCUGAGAUUACUGCUUGAGGGUUUUAGUUUGGUGUAACAUACCGGUUGAUCAGAUUGGCCUUUGUUAACAGCACACAUGAGCCCAGGAUCUUGCUGUUAGCUGUCAUAUGAUUUUUUAAAAGUAAUUGGAAUAAUUAAGGUUACUGAUAUAUGGUUUAGAGUUGGUAUGUACAUGUUAAUAUGUAUUUCUGUUAUUAUUGUCCUCGCCUUAGACUAAUGGAUGAAUGAAAUUCCCUCAGAGAGAACUGUAAGUAAGUGCAGCUUUCGCAGCUCUUUCUAUCAUUUUAUCGUGGUGGGUGCCAUUGUUAUCUGCUGUUUUAUACAAUCCUCAGUUUCAAG